UGCAUCCGCUGCUGCAACACGGCGCUCGGGAGUCACAAUGCGUCGCCUCCUCCUCCUCGCCUGCGCCGCCUCCUUCGCCGUCCUCCACUCGGGGGCCGUCCUGAUCAUCCCUCUGGAGAAGGACUUCUUGCCUCUCUUCCCGACCAACCUGGUGGCGGGAGCGACGGGCGCCGCCCUCGCCUUCCCCAUGGGCGCCUUCCUCUUGGCCGCCUCCAUCGCGCUCAAGGGCGCAGUGUUCAUCGGGGUCAUCAUCGCCGGGGCGCUCGACGGGGGGACGCUGGUCAAGAAGCGCUCCGUCCGCCAGAUCUCCGAGAUCGAGUCCGAACUCCUGUCCACCAUCAGCCAGCUGGACACUCACGGGUGUCUCAUGAAGAUGCUGUGUAUCCUGCAGACGGAAUCCCCGGAGUCUCGCACGCCCGAGGAGAAUGUCCUGGUUGACCUUUUGUCCCGCAGCGUCUUGACCUUCUCGAACGAGGUCAACGCGACGGUUCUUUACCCAAACGAAGAGGGAGGUGUUCCGAGCCACAGCGCUGAGGACUGUGAUGGGUUCUUUAGCAUGUGUCCUUACGAGAGAGAGAUACUGAAAGGACUUUUUCGCCAGGUCUUUGGCUGCGGGAUGCCCUCCUUGUAAAGUGAGGAGAGAGAGGGAUUGACGGAGAGAGGGAGGAAGGGAAAGGGAGACAGAGAAACAGGUGCAUGGAGGGAGAGCGAAAGACUAAUAGAUAGAAGCAGAGAGAGAGAGAGAGAAUUCGAGACA